AUGACUGACGAAAAACCUAUUCUUGCUCUCGAAAGUUCACGUUCUUCGGCAUCCGAUUCUUCAUCAAGAUCUAGUGAGCUUGAAAAUGAUAUUCCUGUCAGUCCCUUUAUCCAAUCAAAACAAGCAGAUGUAGGGUCAGCACAAGGACCGAUAUUUCCAGCAGUUGUUGAAUCAUCACAAGGACCAGUAUUUCGAGCAGAAGUUCCCAGCCACAUUCCUGUUAUCAACACACAAGUAUUGCCCCCAACAUCACCUCAACUGCAUGUGAUGGGACAGCCUGGAGGGUACGAUCCAAAUAGGAUCCCAUCAUCCAUUUUUGCUAAGCCUAGUAAUCCUGCAGAAUGGAGCGUUGCUUCUAAUGAUUCAUUGUUCAGUAUCUACAUGGGGAAUGGUAGCUUCUCAAGAGAUCAUGCUUUCAUGUUGUAUAAAUCAGGAGAACUCCCCAGGUUUGAUGAGACAGGCAAUGCUUCAACCAGUUUGAGCCCUGUCAUUGAAGUAGAGAACAACGAUAGAAAGAGUGAAGAUAUAUCAAUAGACAUAAAAGUGAAGGAAGAAGAAUCAACUGAUUCUGAAGAGGAACCUGAAUCAACAGCUGAGAUCAGACCGACAAAGGAGGUUCUGGAUGCAACAGAGAAAAUUAUUUGUCAGGAAGAGAUGCAUCUUGUUGAGGAGAUUCGAGUUUCCUUCUCCAGCAGUAACAGAUCAUUUCAGUUCCCGUUAUUGGACGCUACCUCAGGAAGAAGUUCUUUUAAUGAGGUGAUGAAGAAGCAUUCCUCGGAGAAGCACUUGGAACAGGAGACACAGCCAGCAGAAACCCCUGGAACAACCCAAAAGGCUGAGGGGCACAGCCCAAUAAAGAUACUUGUUCCCUUUGCUUCAAGCCUUUAUAGGGGUAGGCCAGGCCAGCCAAGGCAAACAGAGGAUAACGGAUCACGGGAUAACGACAGCACAUUCUCUGCAGUGUUUAUGAAGCAAAGCAAACGACGGCGCGUUGGACUCACCAUCUUUCGCUUUAAACGACUAAUCGUGGUUAUUCUGGACCACGUGAACUGGAGCUGA